AUGAGCCCCGUCAACCUCGUCGAAGUGUUCAUGGACCCGAGCAAGUUCAUGGAGUUCUUCCCAAGCAUCGUGUCCCACGCGCGGAUCACUGACCCCCUCGUCAAUGGCCUGAACGGGAGGAACGAGUCCCUCGUCAUGAUGUACGAGCAGCUCCAGUUCAUGACGCCGGCCGUCCCGACCCGCGAGUUCAGCUUCCUCCGCUACUGCCGGCAGAUCGACCAGGGCAUGUGGGCCAUCGCCGACGUCUCCGCGGACAUGCAGCGCGAGGCCCACUACGGCGCGCCGCCGCCGCGCUCCCGCCGCCUCCCGUCCGGCUGCCUCAUCGCCGACAUGACCAAUGGCUACUCCAAGGUGACCUGGGUCGAACACAUGGAGAUCGAGGACAAGAGCCCGAUCGGCCCCCUGUACCGCGACAUCGUGCAGAGCGGCGCCGCCUUCGGGGCGCACCGCUGGGUCGCCGCGCUGCACCGCGCCUGCGAGCGCUACGCUUCCUCGCUCGAGGUGCCCGGCGUGAUGCACGGCGAGACCACCGGAGUGACGGCCGAAGGGAGACGCAGCAUGAUGGCGCUGUCGCAGCGCAUGGUGAGCAGCUUCUGCGGGGGCAUGACGGCGUCGCCGCAGCACCAGUGGACGACCAUGCCCGGCGCCGCCGGCAACGAGGUGUGCGUGCGCGUGUCCAUGAACCAGGGCUCCCAGCCCGGGCAUCCCAACGGCGUGGUGCUCGGCGCCGCCACCUCCGUCUGGCUCCCCGUCCCCGCCGACCACGUCUUCGGCUUCCUCCGCGACGAGAACACGCGCACCCAGUGGGACGUCCUGUGCAAGGAGAAUUCGGUGCAGCCGGUGUCGCGCAUCCCCAACGGCCCCAAUCCCGGCAACUGCAUCACCCUGCUGCGGGCCGUGAGCUCGAGCCAGACGCCCCAAGGUGGCCAGGCCACCAUCCUGGUGCUGCAGGAGAGCUGCACGGACGCGUCGGGGUGCUCCAUGGUGGUGUACUCGCCCAUCGACAUCCCGGCGGCCAACAUGAUGAUGAGCGGCGCCGACCCGUCGGGCAUCCCGCUGCUGCCCUCGGGGUUCGCCAUCUGGCCCGCGGGCGUGGGCGGCGGCGCGUCCACCAGCGCCGCCACCCCGAUGGCGGCGGGGUGCAUCGUCAGCGUCGCCUUCCAGAUCCUCAUCAGCAGCCUGCCGUCGUCCAAGCUCAACGCCGAGUCCAUCGCCACCGUCAACAACCUCGUCAGCACCACCGUCCAGAACAUCAAGGCCGCCCUCAACUGCGUCUAG